AUGCGAUUUUGGAAUGCUUUUGUCCCAAUCGCUCUAGUCCCCGUUGUCGCAGCUCAUUUCCACUAUGGCAGUAUCGUUUGCUUCAGCUACCUCCUUGCCCGUUAUACUGCUCUUUAUGGGGUUAUCGUCCCCUCAAACAACGACACUUGCGAAGCUGCAAUGAGCCUCUUGGUCUCUAAGCCGAAGCUGAGCCUGCACGACCCUCUGGCCGAAGGGACCUUGCCGCUUUGCGGUGUUAACGUUACGUGGACACCCCACACUAAAACUUGGAACAGCUCAGAUGGAGGAGGUGGGGUGUGUAGCGCUCUUUCUGGCGGUCCGAAAGCACACCCCUGCACUUUCACUGAUCCUUACUUCGACCAUUGCACCUACGGGGACAUGGGCUACUGCUCGUCGCCCGUGUGCGCUCCACCAGGAUCUGGCGAAGCACAGUGA